GGCUUCACUUGCCACCUCGCGCUGGGUCCCGGAGCGCCGCUGCAGGCACGGGCCGUGGAGAGGGCGCUGCGCUCGGGCUGCCCAAUGCUUGGACUAUCUGCCGCCGCUGCCCGUGCAAUAUGCUGGAGCUCCAGAGCAGCUAAACGGAGUUGCCACACCGCCGCCUGGGCUGGAUCGCAGCUCUGCCUUUCCUUAUGAAGAAGACACAAACUUGGAUUAUCACUUGCAUUUAUCUUCAAUUGCUCCUAUUUAAUCCUCUCGUCAAAACUAAAGAGAUCUGCGGGAAUCCUGUGACUGAUAAUGUAAAAGACGUCACAAAAUUGGUAGCAAAUCUUCCAAAAGAUUAUCUGAUAACCCUCCACUAUGUUACCGGGAUGGACGUUCUGCCUAGUCACUGUUGGUUACGCCAGAUGGUAAUGCAGUUGUCAGUCAGCUUGACUAAUCUUCUGGACAAGUUUUCAAAUAUUUCUGAAGGUUUGAGUAAUUACUCUAUUAUAGACAAACUUGGGAAGAUAGUGGAUGACCUUGUGGAGUGCAUGGAAACCUCAUUUAAGAAUGUGAAAGAAUCAUCUAAGAGGCCUGUACCGAGGAACUUUACUCCUGAAGAGUUCUUUAGAAUUUUUAAUAGAUCCAUUGAUGCCUUCAAGAACUUUGUGGUACCACCUGAAACUAGUGAUUGUGUGGUUUCUUCAACACUAAGUCCUGAGAAAGAUUCCAGAGUCAGUGUCACAAAACCAUUUAUGUUACCCCCUGUUGCAGCCAGCUCCCUUAAGAAUGACAGCAGUAGCAGUAAUAGCAAAGUAGGAGAUUCCAUUGGCGACCCCAGCCUGCAGUGGGCAGCCAUGGCUCUGCCAGCCUUCUUUUCUCUUGUGAUUGGCUUUGCUUUUGGAGCUUUAUACUGGAAGAAGAAACAACCAAAUCUUACAAGAGCAGGUGAAAAUAUACAGAUUAAUGAAGACGAUAACGAGAUAAGUAUGUUGCAAGAAAAAGAGCGAGAGUUUCACGAAGUGUAACUGCGACUUGUAUCAACACUGUUACCUUCGUACACUGGCUGGUAACAGUUCAUGUUUGCUUCAUAAAUGAAGCAGCUUUAAACCAAUUCCUAUUCUGUCUGAAGUGACAGACCUCAUCUUUAUCUGUUCUUGCUACCCAUGACUUUGUGUGGAUGAUUCAGAACUUGGAACAGAGUGUUUUACUGUGAAACUGGCACUGAAUCAAUCAUCUAUAAAGAAGAGCUUGUAUGGAGCAGGACUCUAUUUUAGGGACCAGAGGGUCUUGUGGUCUCAUUGAGAACUUGCAAGUGCUGACGGGAGAGAAAGCAUGUGUCGCAGUUUGCACGCACCAUUUGCAUGGCUCCAGAAAUGUCUUAAUUGCUGAAAAACUACACAGCUUUGCUCUUCAGUUGCAAUCCGCAGUCUGUAGUUAUCCCAGUCUCUGUAAGUAGGUUUCAGCCUGGCUAGUGGGGGGAAUGACUUUUUCUCAAAGGGAUCUAGAAAACAAUAUAAAAAACAAAAGCUCAGUAGUAUCAGCCACUUUCUAGUGUGAAAAGCAGUGGGAGUGGGAGCAGGCAUGCCAGCUCUGUAGCGGCUGGCUGAGGAGAGGUGUCUGACUUUGAUCGCCUUCUGAGAUAGGCCAGGCACACGCCUAUCCCACUAGAGAAAUGGACAUGGUUGGCUGGUUCUAUCUAGGCAGGGGGGUCAGUCCUGAAUUAGAACAGUGACGCCUUGGCUAAGGGAAGCCUUUCCAAAAGAGUCAUCGCAGGGAAAACUGUGAAGCCUGCCCAGCAGAAUGUGCCAAGGAGGACAUUUGGCAUCCCUGGCAAAUCAGCCUUUUGCCUUGGCUACCCGAGAGUGUAUACAUUGUGUUUGCAAAAGAUAUUAUGACAUGUUUAUACUCUGAAACUAUUACAGAAUUAUGUAAACGGACGUGGGGGAGAAUGCUGAAUGUAUGAUGGUCCCAUUUUCAAUUUCUACCAUGGGAGAGAAUAGAAAUAAAUUAUGAUAUUUAGUAUCUAAGGUUAGAAAAUCACACCCCCAUGUUAAUAUGGGUGUUGGGAACUAGGCUACUUGUCUUUUACAAUAAUGCAAAAAUCAGGAAACUUUAGUUAUUUAUAGUAUAAUCACCAUUAUCUGUUUAAAGGAACAAUUUAUUUAAAAUCAGGCACCCUAUAUUCAUUAGGGUUUAUGAAAUAAAAAUAAAAAGAGAGCUUUACAUAAUUAUGCAUGUCAGUUUGCUAUUUAAAAUAUGUGACAGCAUUUGUCAUAUUAAGAAUGAAUUUGGCCAGAAUUCCCAAGAUGGACAUUGUGCUUUUAAAGUAAAAUUUGUAGGACAUUAUGUUAAUUCCCCUUGUCAAUUUUUUAAUAGUCAAAAGAAUAUCUUCAUAAAGUCAAAUAGUGAUUUUUCUAUAGUUUAUUGUGAUGAAAGUUCUUUUAACGUGUGAACACUUACCUAAAGGAAUCCAAAGCCUCUCGUUCAAACUUAAUCUUUGUAAUAACAUCAUUGCCAUGUACUAUAACCGUAAGAUGACCAUUUUUAAUGUUAUUAUACAGAAGGGCAUGAAAAAACUAAAUGCUGGCUUUUCUUUGAUUUCACAUAUCCAAGAAUUUCUCAUAUAGUUGGAUUUUAGCUUAUAUUCAAAACUAAUCCAGAUCCAAUUUAUUUUGUGGCCUUUGCUCUUUUUCAUACCAAAGAGCUCAGAUGAUUUCUAUGGUUUCUUUCUUCUUUAAAGUGCUGUGCUUCCUCCUGCACAAGUCAUUUCUCUAAGAAUCAGUGAAAGUCCACUGGGAAGCUGCAUUAACUUUUCAGGCCCACAGAUAUCCCACUGUACAACCGGUUAGUAAUAAGAUUAGGGAUCAGUUUAAUUGCUGAGAGGACCUAUCUGUGUUUGUGGAAUUGAUCGUUUUGAGGAAAAUAGGCAUAGGUUAACAAGACAUACGUGUAGGUGGUGUAUAGAUUGAGAAGACUGAUAGUCUCAGGCUAGUGGUUUGGUUUAUUUAUCCAGUGAUUUCAGUUUGUUUGGGCAUAUGGAAAUGCUGUUUUCUGAGCUUGAGAAUAGAAGAAAUAUACUUUUGUUCUCAAAGCUAGUAGUUUGGGUUUAACACUCAAGAAAAUGAUCUUAAUUAAUAGAGUUAAGAUACAAAUUUAGCCAGUUAUGAAAUCUGUCAUGGUAGGGGAGGAGAGGUGUGUCCUGCCUAUUAAAUGUAUGGGGUCACUGAGAGUUACAUGGAUUGGCAAUUUUUAAAGUGCUACAAUUCAGUGAAGUGAAUGAACAAUAGAAAAGUGCUGAACAUUAUUUUGGAUGCUAGCUGCUUGGACAUUUAAUUAUGUCAUCUGCUUUGGAAUACAAAUAUACGUAUGUCUUUGCUUAUUUGAUCCCAUAUGUGUUCUGAAUAUCCUUUUCCAUAAGUUAUGGAAAACUCACAACUGAGAUGAUAAACCAUGAAAUAGCCUUUUAAAUUGGUGCCAUGUAUCCGAUACUUCUCUUUUACAAUGUUUUGAAAUUGCCUAGUGCUUAGAAUGGUUUCAAAAGUUUGUAGGUUGUAAGUUAUACUGAGAACUAUGUAUCUCUUUGGUCAAGACCAACUGUAUACCGAAACUGGCUCUGUGAUAAAUGGGGCCUGCCUGGUAAUAUUGAAUAUCCUUGGAUAAUGUAUGAUAAUGUCAUGGGCUUGUCACACUGCCACUUUUAAUGAAUCAGAGGCAAAUUGAUUUUUUAAUACAAUACUAGACUAAGUAACCUAUCCUCUUAAUAAAGGAUCAUGUAUGUGAAAAAUGAAAAUAUGAGAAGCAUGUGUUCAUAAUGAAGUAUUUGCUGUUAGUAAGAAUAAAACACAUUUUUACUUGGAGAAACUUUGUAGUAUAUUUUAGCACUCUAAUUCAACUGAAGUUAUAAAUGAACAGAAAAAUCCAUUCUGAAAUCAUGGUUAUUUCCUAAAGUGUUUUUGCAGCUAGGUUGAGGUGUCAACAUUUGAUUCUAACAUGGGGCAUUUAGCCAUUCCAGAUCUGUUCUUCUCUAAGAAACAGAUUCUUAAAAAAGACAGCUUGGCGUAGUGAGAAUGGAUGUUGGAAAAAUUGUCAGAAGCUCUACUCUUCCACUAAGUAAUGUGGUAAAUCACCUCUCCUCUUACAGUCUUAAUUUUUACUUAUCGUUGUGAUGAAUUUGAAGGUCACAUCUUGGGGUGAGCCUUUUCUGCUAUGUGACUGACAAUGCAGAUUAAAAUGCAGAACAGCAGAAAUUGUCCAAUACAAGAUACCCAACUCUGUUCUUUGUGAAUAGCAUUUGGACCAUAAAAAAUUUUUGUUGUUUUUGUUUCUAAUGUAAAUAGGGUCCAUUAGAAAAUGCAAAAUUCAGUUGCAAGUAGGGCAAAUCAGAUAACUACUUACACAAGAGAUGGCUUUUACUUUGUUUAAAUAAACAUUUUGGAUCACCUCCGAAGAAAGAAAAUUAGUAGUAUAUUUUAGUUGGGAAGGUACACUUUAAGAUGUGUGUAACAUUUGGAAAUGCACCAAAUUAAACAUCUGAAUGUUCUCAUUUUAUUGAAAGCUAGCAGCAGAAGAUAUAAGAUGUUCAUACAGUUUUUAAUGCCAAAGGAUAUUUUAGAACCAAUCCAUAAAAGGAUAAUCCAUAAAAUAAAUUUUAAGUUUGGAAAGUCGGACAAGAAUUUUAAAGGGAGCCAGUUUAUGUUUGAACUGAUAUUAUUUUGAAUUUGGCUUUAAAAUAUAACCAUUCAAUUCUAUCACCCCAAUUAUGGUGUUAUUGCCUUUUAUUAACUUGUCUUUUAAAAUGCCUUGUAUACACAAAAUAAUGGUACUUUCAUUUCAUAACAGGUGUUUUUAAAGUAACCCAUAUUAAAAUGUAUAUUUACGAUCCUAAAAUGUUUGCUAAACAUUGUAAUGUAUAACUGUCAUCUCCCAACUGCAUUCUUUAAUGUUCUUAAAAAUAUAAUUAAGAUGAUAAUUGUUUAAAGACCAUGGUAUUUUCAUUUACUUGAUUUUUGAUGCAAGACUAAAUAUAAUUUUCCAAACAAAAUAGCCCUUUCUUCGCUAUUGUGAGCAUUAAUGUGUGAUUAAUGUAUCCACUUGCCACUGUCUUUUAAAUCAAUGGACUUGAAAAGUAUUCAGACAUUUAGAUAGAUGCACAGAUAUAUUGCUAGAUCAGUCAUAGAUCAGAGUUUGCAUAUUGUAAUGUAAAUGUAUGUCAUCACUAUUCUAAAUAGUUUUAUUAUGACUGAAGUUUAAAUAAAAAGUUGUAAAAUGUGAUGUGUAUGUGUAUAUACUGUAUGUGUACUUUUUAAAAUAGGUAUAUGUCCUGACCCUUUUUAUACAGGUUUGAAUUUGAAAUUACAUUAUAUAAACAUAUACUUUAUUGUUCUAAAUAAAGAAUUUUAUGCACUCAUAAA